UUGGUUCACUCACUCUUCCAAAAACGCGUUCGAGAAUCGGAAUCCUCUCCUCACCGACGCCGCGUUCUCAGUUUCGAUUCCGUUUUUCAGCGUCAGGAACCCACUAAGCUCUUCAAUUGAUCCAUAAUUUCUCCCCAUCUUCAAAUUGUUCUUCAAUCGAUCCCUCCCACAAAUUCUGUUUCCCAGAUUCAGUCUCCGAGAGAUGCUUUGAUCUGUUCUUGGUAAUGGCAUGGCAAUUUCUCUCCCCUUUCUCAAAUCCUCUGCUCUCUCUCUCACCAUUCUCUCUGUUUUCAUCUUCUUCCUCCUCUUCACUCCAAAUCACUCGCCGGAAUCCUCGUCCAGAAGGUCCCUAAUCGCCGCCGGCGACUCCAAUUCCAAUGCGUCUUCGAUCCCAUAUUGUUCCUCUCGUGAAUCUCACUUCGAUGGCCUCGUUAACUACUUGUAUUUCCAUUUCUGCGUCUUCGAUCGAAACCCAUUUCUCUCUGUUCCGUUUCUUAUUCUCAUUCUUCUCUUCCACUUCUACAUCCUCAUCAAAACCGCUCAGGAUCACUUCUCCAUUGUCACUUCCAAGCUCGCUUUUCACCUCAAUUUGUCCCCGAGUAUGGCUGCUGUGACGCUCUUGGCUUUGGGAAAUGGCGCUCCUGAUGUCUUUGCAUCUGUUGCUGCCGUUCGUGGUGGGCAUUAUCGAACUGGAUUCGGUGCAAUUCUCUCUGCCGGCACGUUUGUUUCGGCUUUUGUGGUUGGAUUUGUGGCCAUUUAUGCUGCUCCGUUUUCGGUGAAUCCGGCACAGUUUGUGAGGGAUGUGUUGUUUUAUUUGACUGCAGCGUUGUUCUUGUUCUAUGUGUAUCUUAGUGCAGAGAUUUUCUUGUGGCAAGCUGUUGGGUUUGUUGGAUUCUAUCUGUUCUUUGUUGGGCUGGUGUUUUGGAUGGAUUUGGGGAAUGGGAAGGCUAAGAGUGGGGCUGAUAUGGGAGUGGCUAGAGAAGCUGAGGGUGAGUUGCAUCAAGACUGUGAGAUGGGAGAAGGCUACAGACAUGUAGAUGAAGGAAAAACCAAUUCUGGCUUAUGGGAAGCUCUUCGAGUGAUCCCGAAAGCAUGGGAGGCUCCGGUCGUGUUUCUUCUGAAGCUUACCAUUCCCCAACCCGCACCUUCCGAAUGGAGCAGAUUCUUUACCUCAGCCAAUAUUUCUCUGUGUCCCAUUGCUCUUCUGUAUGCCUGUAACUCAUUCAUGUCUUUUAACCAUCCCAUUGCUUUCCUCUUACCGAAUACGCAUUUACCUCUUUGGUUCGUAGUACUCUUAGCAAGCUCCUCUCUUGCAAUUCUGCACUUCAUCACCGAAACCGAGCCCCCGAAAACUGAGAAAGUCCCUGUUGUGCUUGCAGCAUUUGUUAUGAGUGUAUUUUGGAUUUCGACCACCGCAGGUGAACUUCUGAACUGUCUUGCAGCUCUUGGAGUGCUUCUCAAACUCCCAGCAGCUCUACUUGGGCUUACUGUGCUUGCCUGGGGAAACUCAGUUGGGGAUCUUGUUGCUGAUGUUGCUCUUGCAAAAGCAGGCCAGCCCUUGCUGGCUAUGGCUGGAUGCUUUGCAGGACCGAUGUUUAACAUGCUUGUCGGGCUCGGAACGGCAUUGGUUAUACAAACAGCUAACAAUUAUCCAGAGGCCUAUCAGCUUCAAUUCCAUAUCGGAAUCGUGAUUGCGUUCGUGUUCCUACUUUUCAGCCUGAUGGGUUCCUUGCUUGUAGUUAUUUGGUGCAGAUUUCGGGUGCCUCGGUUUUGGGGAUUCUGCCUUGUUGUGCUCUACAUUGUUUUCAUGGCUACCAGUUUACUGAUGGCUGAGUAUUCUCCAUGAUUAAACAUCCUUCUAGACUGAACCAUAAGACCAAGAAACUCCAUGUAUGCCAAUGAAGCAGUGUUCGGGCAGCAACCGAGAAUGGUAGAGUAGGCGGUUUAACCGUGUAGCCUAGGCAUGAAGCGUCUUUGCUCAACAGCCUCGAGCCACUUCUAGCAAGCAAAUGUAAAUAUUUCAAUUCCUACCGAGUUUCAUUAACAUAUAGCAAAAGAAGAUUGGUGUUCUGCCAGUGGCGUCUGGUUCUGUUGCAGUGAAGGUAUGGUUAACCGAA